CUUCCGGUCUGAGGUUGUUGAUUUCUUGGCUGUCGCUGGUCAUCUGUCAGGUGAUAAUAAGAUAAGAGGGAAAUUUACAGGAGGUAUUUGUACUGUAUUGUUUAUAUAUUUAAGAUCAGUGUAACUACUAUCAUUAGUACAAAACGGACGGUUCUUACUGUAAAUAUAUGUGGAUAUAAAGUAUUAAUUAGCUGUCGAGAAACUCUUGAGCCGGUGUGACUGAAGUGAUGCAACAUGGCAGCAACUCCUCUUUCGAGGUGCUUUGUCUCCGCAUUAAGGACACAUACUCGGUGUCAGAGCCGUGGACUUAACUCUUUGGCAGAGAGGACAGCCUGCCGAGUGUCCUCUGUUGUCACACGUAACCACAGAGGGACAGAGGACAACACAAGCCUGGACAGAGGACUCCCGGGGGGGAGGGACAGGGACAGGGGCAGCUGUCCUCUGCUCAGCUCCGUCUCUGUGGGGCUGGGACUCUGUGGUGCAGCGGCGCUUCUGGACAGUCAAAAAGACGAGGACGCGAAGGACGGAGGAAUCUUUGUACCCGGACGGUUUCUUGAACUCAUUCUGCCUGCAGCUCACUGUGCUUCUCCCUUUAAACCCGACAGCCCGCGGUAUAAAUACAACUUUAUUGCAGAUGUGGUCGAGAAGUCCACUCCAGCUGUCGUGUACAUUGAAAUCUUGGGCAGACACCCAUUUUCAGGUAGAGAGGCCCCAGUGGCAAAUGGCUCUGGUUUCAUCGUCAGCAGUGACGGUCUCAUCAUCACCAACGCUCACGUUGUGGCCAACAAGAGAGGCGUCCGCGUGAAGCUCACCAACGGAGAUGUGUACAACGCCACCGUGCAAGAUGUUGACCCGGCCGCAGACAUCGCCACCAUCAAAAUCACUGCGAGGAAUCCUUUACCCACGCUCAGCCUCGGUCGGUCGUCUGAUGUUCGACAAGGAGAGUUUGUGGUUGCCAUGGGGAGCCCGUUUGCUUUACGGAACACAAUCACGUCAGGAAUCGUCAGCUCCGUGCAGAGAGGCAGUAAGGAGCUGGGCCUGUCCAAGUCCAACCCCAACAUGGAUUACAUCCAGACUGAUGCAGCCAUCGAUUUUGGAAAUUCUGGAGGGCCCCUCAUUAACUUGGACGGUGAGGUGAUCGGUAUAAACACCAUGAAAGUCACUGCAGGGAUCUCCUUUGCUAUUCCAUCCGAUCGCGUGAGACUGUUUCUUGAUCAGGCAGCCACAAAAAAGAGUUCUUGGUUUGGUGAGUCGGAGACAAAGAGGCGCUACAUCGGUGUGAUGAUGCUGACACUGACGCCGAGCAUCAUUACAGAGUUGAAGUUGAGAGAUGCGUCCUUCCCAGACGUGACACAUGGCAUCUUGAUUCACAGGGUGAUCGUAGGCUCCCCAGCCAACAGAGCUGGCUUGCUACCAGGAGACAUCGUGUUGGAGAUUAACGGAGCGAAGGUGAACACCUCGGAGGAGAUUUACCAGGCGGUCCGCAGCAGUGACAAAAUCACCAUGGUGGUGCAGAGAGGACACCAGCUGCUCCAGAUACAAAUGACCCCAGAGUUCACAGAGUGACAGUUAAAUCCCUCAACCCGAGGGGUGGACGGUCAUGACCAACAUCCAAUAUUUGAUGACUUCUGUGAAAAAUAUUUUGUUGAUACUGCAAAGGAAAUUAAAGGAACAAGACUACUAUGUGAAGAAGUAUUGCCCAGCAAGUGUUGUUUCUGGCUGUUAACUGCAUCAUGAUUUAAGUGUAAUUUCUCUUAUUUAUACAAUAUUAUCAUAAACCUGCCAGCACCUAAAGACUUAAAUGGAUAAACAGCCAAUUAUUUACUCACUGGUUUCUCUGAGAUGAAUAAAAAAAAGUGUUUUCUA